GGUUCCGACCCAAAUGCAGCUUUUAUUAAUGAAAAGACAAAACACCCCCAGAGCAGGGCUGCAGCUGCUGCCGGACAGGCCUGAGGCCUCGGCCAAGCCGGCGCGCUCCACUUUCACAUGAAGGUAAAGCAUUCACCUGUGCCAGACAGGAAGUGAGACAUGGUUCAGCGUUAAGGGGUGGUUUUCAUUUAUUAAUCACUUUUACCUUCUACCUUUGGGGACUCUUCAGCUGAAGGGCAGUGGGUGACACUGGUCUGGAGGACAUCACACCACCAGACAGAACCAGCCUUAGAUGCUUUAUUCAUGGGGACAGCCAUGUCAUUCCCCUGGUGGCCAGAAGGGGGCUACAUGUGCAUGAACGCCUGUGGGAAGAGCAGAUCUCAUGGACUGCAGCUGUCUGCACCAGGACCAGGUGGAAUCAGACACCUCUGGGAUGAUCCCAGUGGGAUCCAAAUUGUUUUGUUCAGGAAACCAGUCCAGUUAGAACCAGUGUGGGCCAACAACAACGCGAGGGCUCAGCUGGUGGGAUCCAUCAGAACCAGGACCUGGUGUCCUUGGACCUUUUACUGUUUCCUGUCCUGGUUCUGUCGGUACUGGACUAAGGGCUGACCGCUGACCUUGAAGUUGGUCCUGGCUGCGAACAGGUACAGGUGUGUCAAGUAGAACCAAAGCAGACCAAAAAGAUGAGACGGAAAUCGUCUUUGCUUUCAAAAUAAAAUCACGGUAGUGAGCCGGCGCUGUCGCAGCUUUAUUUUGAAGUUCUUAAGCGGAAACCAAUGCAGAUUGAAGCGGACUGAAGAAGCGAAAGGUGGAGCGGCUCCGGUCCUCCCCUCCCCGCCCGUCAUGAGGGGACACGCAGAGACACAAGACCCGACCAGUCUGCUGUUCCUGUCCGGAGAGCCUGUUAGGACCCGAACCUGGAAAGUCUGAUGAGAAGAAGCAUGAAGGUCCAUCCCAGAGCCACGCUGCUGCUGCUGCUGCUCUCAGGUGAGUGGGUCCAAACUUCGAUGAUCAAUAUGGAAGCCAUCCAGGGUCAAAAGGUGGUGCUGAAGGCCUCAUACAACCCGGAUCCACUUAGUGACCUGAACACCAACACCAUCAUCUGGAAUUACAUCAAAAACACCACCCAGCCGAUCAUCUCAUACACCAAAGGGUCCAUAAUUGUGGGCUCCACCCAGUUCAAUGGGCGUGUUGGGUUUGUCGCCACCAUGCCUUCGCAAGAUUUGUCCCUGUACAUCAACAACACUAGGGAGUCCGACUCGGGCUACUUUUCCUGUCAGGUUAUUACUCCCAACAACCUGCAGCCUCCUACGGAAUUCAAUCUGGAAGUGAAAGUCCCUCCUGCUGUUCCUAAGUGUUCUCUGCUUGGGAAGCCAGUGCUGAAAGGAAAUGUGACCCUGACAUGUGCGUCUGUUGCUGGGAAACCCCUCCCUCUGUACAAGUGGAAGAAGACCAGCCCCACCUCGGAGGUCUUCUUCUCACCAACGCUCAAUGAGAAGGCCGGCACUUUGAAGCUAAACAACCUGAGUAGUAACAUGUCAGGAAAAUACGAGUGCACAGCCAGCAACACAGCCGGAUCAGAGACUUGCUUCAUCAACCUGGAGGUUGUUAACUCUAAUAAACUGGGAAUGACUGUUGGUGCAGCAGUUGGGUCAGUGUUGGGCUUCAUCUUCAUACUCGCCAUCUGCGUCGGCUUCCUGUUCUUUUUCAAAAGGCGGAGAGAGAACGAGGAUGACAUAGCCAAUGACAUCAAGGAGGACGCUCAGGCUCCUAAACGAGUGUCCUGGGCAAAGAGUGGACUGGGUUCAGAGCUUAUCUCCAAGAACGGCACUCUGUCUUCUAUUGCCUCCAGCCAACACUUCAGAUCACCCCACCAGCACCAUCAACACCAUUUACAGCAAUACCCCCAGCAUCCUGCCUCAGACACUGCCUCUAUAAUCACAGCAACUGGCAGCACAGCUGGGUACCGUCCAGCCCGCCUCCAGGGAGCCUCCACCAGCUACAGUUACAACAACAGCAGCACAUUACCAGCUGGGCAGCAAGUUUCCUCCCUUCCUACCAACAGUGGAAGCCCUGUUCCAGUGCAGGAGCGCUAUGGCCAGCUGCCCCAGGCACUGCCUCAAACCUACAGCCAGGUUCCAGGGCGGCUUCAGACUGCCCCCUCUCCACCACCGCUUCCCACUUCCACCUUCACUGCCUCUAACAUCAGCCGAAUGGGGGGGGUGCCCAUUAUGGUUCCAGCUCAGAACCAGGCAGGCUCUCUGGUCUGACAGGGACAGCAUAUGGCUCUGUUGUCCCAGAGCACCAGCGACUUCUCAGAAGUUCAUCUAGGUUUACUUCACGGUUUAGUAAAGAACAUCAGAAAAUAGCUCCACGUGUUUUAGGUUUCACUGAUGGUUUACCUGUUUUUUAUUCACAGUUUUUUUUUUUACUGUUUUCAACCUAACGGAUGCCAAUGGAUACAGUGUGUACCUGCUUAUAUUACCUUUGUUGUCUUUGAUAAAUUCGCCUCUAAAGCCUUUGUCACCGGUCAUCUACAGGAAUCCUUUUCAGAUGUAUUUAUUUUACGAAAACGGAGUCAGAGGUAGAAAAGAGAAUACUGUUUUUCAAGCUAUGACUUUACCACCACUAGGAAGUUAACAUCACUAGGAUCUGAUCAGUCGGUGAGGACAUUCCACAUCAUCAGGGUAUCCGCGGGUCCUUAAAAAGUCUUAAAUUUGCUUUUCCAAAUUUAAGGUCUUAAAAAUCCUUAAAAAUGACAAAUAAUCCUUAAAUAAAGUUUCCAAAGAUCUUAAAUUACCAAACACCCAAUAAACAAGAAUCUUUUAUUUCUAUAAAAUUUUCUUGAAUUUCUAGUUAGUAUUCAGCAUUUUUUGUGUAUGAUGUGUAAGCGGAACCAUACACACUCAGUUGGUUGUGAAAGGGGGCUAUUUUUAGAUGAGCACAUUAGCUGGUUAAGCUAGUGGUAGCUUGCGCCAUGGGGAAGUGCAGGUUUAAUGGUAACCGGAUGGCUAAUCCCACGUUCGCAACGUGGUUAGCACCGGUUCCAGGUAAUGGCUGGAAAUUAUAGCUUAGAUUUGGUCAAAGUGGCCUUAAAAAGGUCUUAAAAAGUCUUAAAUUUGCCCCCCUUUAAGGGGCAUUAUGGAAGUUUGACAGCCAAAACAUGUAUAGAAAUAAUAAAUUUCUUCUUCAUACAUUCUCCUGCAGUGCCCUGGUCCUGUAGAAUGAGCCCUGGCAUUUUUACUGUGAUUGCCUGUUUUUCUGUGAAAUCACAGAAAAAGAAACUUGCUUGGGUCGAGCAGGCUGCUUCAUGCGCGUUCACGCUCAGGCAUAGCGCGUAGCGUUUGCUAUCAGUAGCUUUAGCAACAGAGAGUGAGAUAGUGCCAACUCAGCGACUUUGUCACUGUUCCUAACGCCUAGCGAUGAACCUAGCUACAUUUCUGAGGACCCUUAGCUACUUUCUUCUAGAUAUUUCCUGCAAAUUAGCAACAAAAUAGCCAUUUUUGCUCCGAACCGUUCUUUGAAUGUUGUUUCAGCUAUCAUCCACUAUAUAAGAGUUACAGACUGGUGAUUUAGCUCACCUAGUAAGAUGUUGGAGACUUGUGCUGAAGAUCUGGGUUCAAUUGUGGAUGUGAACAUAAAUAAUUUAGAGUUUAUUUUUUACAUUAAUGGUAUAUUAUUUUACAGUAAGAUGCCCUAAUUUUUAUUUGAGACUCGCCGAACGGCAUUGAAUUCACAGAUUUAAAAAAAUGUGGGUUCAACUUUCAUUUUGGAACAAUUUUUCAAGCAAGGGAAGGGAAGCUCUGUGAAGCUGACGGACUGACCCAUCUUAAAGCUUUGUCUGCUGUGCUGAAGAGAAAGGUACAGAACCGAAUAAUUUAAUUAAUUAGCUGUGUGUUCUCCUGUCCUCUGUCCUCCGGGCCACACACACACACACACACACACACACACACACACGGGACUGUCUCAGCUGUUAUUUUCGUUAAGGAGUGUGCACGUACAGCAUGCGCGCCUCGUGCACAAGCCUACUAUUGAAGCUGCCGUUACACUUUUGGCCUUAGGGGGCAAUCACGAGCAUAAAAAUUCAAAACUCCGUAACGUCCCUUUAAACCUGCAGAUACCCUGGUCAUGUCUGGAGAUACGAAGAAGUCCUCUGAUCUAACAAGUUAGUGGUAUCUUUCUAGUUGGUUUAUUUAGUUAAUGCAACAUUUUGAACCGAACAGCUACAUUGCUGCCUCUGCUGCUGGAGUCUCGCAGCAGCACACAUGCAGAGUGCAUCCAAGCAUGCGUCAUACGGUUUAAACAGACAGCAUCAUUGUAGACCUACAGGCUUUUGUCACUUACACCUUUAGUGCAGAUGAAUAACUGAUAGAUUCAAAUAUCUGCAAUGGAUUGAUGAUUAAACUUUUACUCUGAACUGGUCUGUGCUGAAUAAUCACUUUCAUUGUUUUUCAGCCUCGAUAAAGUGUGAAUAUAUUUAUUUGUGGUUAAAGGUGUUAGAAACAGCCUGCAUGAGUCUGACUGUUGAGGACAUGUUGGUCUCUGAACCAAAGACUGAGAGCACUGCUCACGUCUUUAUGUCCACGUGUCUUCAGACAGAACCUGGUGUCUGUUACGGAAACACAACACGUAUGUUAUGAUUGAAACCAUUUUAUAACCUGAAUGCUUUUAUAAUAAAGUUGGAUUUUAAAACAUGA